AUGGAUUUGGAAUUAGAACCUACCUUAGAAUCUUUGAUCAAACAAGAUACUUUGAAAUGGAUUUUUGUCGGUGGUAAAGGUGGUGUGGGAAAAACCACAACAUCGUCAUCAAUUGCCGUUCAAUUAGCAUUACAACAUCCAGAUUCUGAAUUUCUUUUAAUUUCAACGGAUCCAGCACAUAACUUGUCGGAUGCUUUUUGUCAGAAAUUUGGGAAAGAGGCCAGAAGAGUUGAAGGCUUAUCUAAUUUGUCUUGUAUGGAAAUAGACCCCGAAGCGGCAAUGAGCGAUUUACAACAACAAGCACAACAAUAUAACAAUGACCCAAAUGAUCCAUUAAAAAGCAUAAUGAAUGACAUGACAGGAUCAAUACCAGGUAUUGAUGAAGCUUUAUCAUUCAUGGAGGUGUUGAAACACAUUAAGAAUCAAAAAGUAAGUGAAAAUGAUAGCAAGGACAAAAUUUCAUAUAGAACCAUCAUUUUCGACACUGCUCCAACGGGACACACUUUACGUUUCUUGCAAUUGCCAUCUACUUUACAGAAAUUAUUGGGAAAAUUCCAACAAUUAUCAGGAAAGUUGGGUCCGAUGAUGAGUAUGUUGGGUGGUGGGGCUGGAGGUCAACAAGAUAUGUUUGAAAAAUUGAAUGAGGUUCAGAAAAAUGUCACCGAAGUGAAUGAACAAUUCACCAACCCAGACUUGACUACUUUUGUUUGUGUUUGUAUUUCGGAAUUUUUGUCAUUAUAUGAAACUGAAAGAAUGAUCCAAGAAUUGAUGUCAUAUAAAAUGGAUGUUAAUUCAAUCGUUGUUAACCAAUUGUUAUUUGCCGAUGACGAUGAGCACCCUUGUCAACGAUGUGUCAGUAGAUGGAAAAUGCAAAAGAAGUAUUUGGACCAAAUGGCUGAGUUGUAUGAGGAUUAUCAUUUGGUGAAAAUGCCAUUGCUUGGAACUGAAAUUAGAGGUGUUGAAAACUUGAAGAAAUUCUCCAAAUUUCUAUUAACUCCAUACGACCCUAAAAAAGAUCGUGCCCUUAUAACAGAAAUGAAAGAACAAUGA